GAUAGUAACUCGCCAACCCCAGGAAGCUGCGCAGCUCGCCUACGUUUGCUGGAGUCGGACAAUCCCGCACAGCAGUCACCUUAGCUGGGUCGGUGGCUACCCCUCGCUCACUCACAACGUGCCCCAGGAAGGCCGUCUCCCUCCGGAGCAGCUGGCACUUCCGGGGAUUCAACCGUAGCCCAGCCCGGCAAAUCGCAGUGAGCACGUUGUGGAGGUUAGCGAGGGCGUGCUCAAAGCUACUGGCAUGUACUAGGAGGUCGUCCAGGUACACUACACCGCAGCUUCGGGGGACGGCCGACAACACCCUUUCCAUCAGCCACUCGAACGUGGCAGGGGCAUUGCACAGUCCGAAUGGCAUCACGCGGAACUGCCACAACCCUUGCCUGAUGGUGAAAGCGGUUUUAGCCUUAGCAUCCUCGGCCAUUUUGACCUGCCAGUAGCCACUCCGGAGGUCCAGCGAGCAGAACCAACUGGACCCCGCGAUGUGGUCUAGCGCCUCGUCAAUGCGGGGGAGAGGGUAGGCAUCUUUGCGCAUUACGGCGUUGAGGCGCCGAUAGUCCACGCCAAAAAUGCCACUCUCCGUUCUUCUUCCGCACUAGGACAGCAGGGGCCGCCCACGGGCUGUUGGAGGGCUCAAUGACGCCUGCAGCAGCCAUCUCUCUAACCUUCUCCUCUGCCCCCAGCCGCUUUGCGAGUGACAACCGGUGAGGGCGCAGACGAACCGGUGUAGCGUCACCAGUGUCAAUGGCGUGCUGCACUAGCUCGGUCUGCGUGCAUUCCUCAUCACGGGCAGCGAAGAGGUCUGCAUUGUCCUUCAGCAAGCGUUCAAGCUGUUGGCAUUGGUGAGGGUCGAGGCCGCUGCAGCUGCGUCGCCACAGCUCGCGGACAGCACUUACCAUCUCGACAGAGGGGGGGGGGGGGGGCAGGUUGUGACAGUGGGGCAGGCGAGCCACGCUCUGUGUUGGUUAGCUGGGGCGGCGGCUGGUGAGGGUGGGCUGAGGCUGCUCGGCGACGGAUCCUCCUGGACCUGCGUUUCCUCUUGGGGGUGGCGUGAAGAGCAAGGGUGGUGGCACCGAUGGAGAGCCUGGUGUUGGCGAUGUCCACCGUGGCACCCCAGUGGACCAGCAGAUCCAGGCCGAUUAUGCAUGCGUCGCUGAUGUCGGCCAGCCAGAACUCGUGCGUCACCACCUCUCGGUUUCCGACCUCCAUGCUCACCAUCUUCUUGCCCCGCAUGCCGAGCCUCUGCCCCGUCACUGACUGCAGCUGAGUGGUUGUUGGGGACCAGGCAGUGUUGGGGAGCGUUCCUGGUCGCACCAGGGAGAUGGUGGCCCCCGUGUCGACCAGUGCCCAGCAGGAUUGCCCAUCCAGCCUACAAUGCAGGUAUAACCCACCCGCUUCCCCCAGUCGGCCCACUCGCUGUUGGAUGGUUUGCUCUUCCGCCCUCAGAAGGGCAGGCUGCUCUCCUGCCCUGAAAAGGGCGGGCUGGAAUUUGCUUUUGGCUCUCGUAAUGGAAGGACUUUGCUCGGUUCCCACCUUCACAAAGGCAGAUGGAAUAUUUGCUUUCGCGAGUGGGACCGAACUGGUUUCAGGUGCAGCAGGCUGCUCCUGAUUGAGGAGGAUGGGUUCCUGGGACAGCGAUUUCCUCACAGCGCCGCCCCCGCGUUGUUUAUCGCCGGCCGUGGCGAUCGGGGCUUGGGCGCUGGUGCUGGGCAGUUGCAGGCCAGGUGCCCUGGCUCAUCGCAGCGAUAGUAGCGGCCGCGUCGUGCUGGUGGUGGGCGCUGUCGUCACUGUUGUGGGGGUGAGCGUGCCCAACGGACUUCCUCCUCCUCCUCCUCGUAGCAGUCGCUUUCGCGGACGCGGGGCCGGGUUGUCUGCCCUGGAGCCAAGCAGAGGACGUCCUCAGCCGCAGUGACGGGCAGCCAGCUGCAGCUGGACUAGUGGGGUACUGCCACUCAUCAUAGCCAGAAGAGGGCGCCAACUGCCCACUGGAAUGCAGUGCUGGAACACAGAACCUCUUUGCUUAUAUAAGGCAACAGAUUAUACACCACAGGAGGACGUGAGAUCUUGAACCAUGGGGGGCGGGUACUCGGUCACCGUGAAGAACAAGACCCCGUACACUUGGCAUUACUCAGAUGAGGAAAGGGGCAGACUGAGUGCCUGGGAAUCUAAACAGUUUAAGGAGGGCGUAUUCAAUGAAUCAAAGCUAUAUCUGACAUAUGGAGAUCAGAGAGAAGUGUCUUUAUCUCUGCAUACUGGAGGCGGCCGCGACACCACAUUCACCAUAAAAGAAAGCUGGGACCGAUCUCUAUUUGAGCUGCAUUGUAGUGUAUGUGGUGAAGUUAGGACUUGCCCCAACUAUGCAAAAAUUGAGGAAGACCGCAUUCGCCAACAGCAACAAGAGGAACAGAGACGUCAGGAGGCACUAAAAAGACAACAAGAAGAACAGAGACGUCAGGAGGCACUAAAAAGACAACAAGAGGAACAAAGACGUCAGGAGGCACUAAAAAGACAACAAGAGGAACAGAGACGUCAGGAGGCACUGAAAAGACUACAAGAGGAACAGAAACGUCAGGAGGCACUAAAAAGACAACAAGAGGAACAGAAACGUCAGGAGGCACUGAAAAGACAACAAGAGGAACAGAAACGUUGGGAGGCACUGAAAAGACAACAAGAGGAACAGAAACUAUGGGAGGCACUGAAAAGACUACUAGAGGAACACAAACGACAAAAAGAGGAACAGAAACGUCAGGAGGCACUAAAAAGACAACAAGAGGAACAGAGACGUCAGGAGGCACUAAAAAGACAACAAGAAGAACAGAGACGUCAGGAGGCACUAAAAAGACAACAAGAGGAACAGAGACGUCAGGAGGCACUAAAAAGACAACAAGAGGAACAAAGACGUCAGGAGGCACUAAAAAGACAACAAGAGGAACAGAGACGUCAGGAGGCACUGAAAAGACUACAAGAGGAACAGAAACGUCAGGAGGCACUAAAAAGACAACAAGAGGAACAGAAACGUCAGGAGGCACUGAAAAGACAACAAGAGGAACAGAAACGUUGGGAGGCACUGAAAAGACAACAAGAGGAACAGAAACUACGGGAGGCACUGAAAAGACUACUAGAGGAACACAAACGACAAAAAGAGGAACAGAAACGUCAGGAGGCACUAAAAAGACAACAAGAGGAACAGAAACGUCAGGAGGCACUAAAAAGACAACAAGAGGAACAGAAACGAUGGGAGGCACUGAAAAGACUACUACAGGAACAAAAACGACAACAAGAGGAACAGAAACGUCAGGAGGCACUAAAAAGACAACAAGAGGAACAGAAACGUCAGGAGGCACUGAAAAGACAACAAGAGGAACAGAAACGAAAUGAAGAGUUGCGCAGACAAGAGGAACUGCGGCGUUUGGAAAGACUGGAGCAGGAAAAGAGGAUUGAGGAACAAAUCAACAGAGAAAAUGAGACUGCAAGAAGGAAGCUGUCAGAAGCAUGGUCAAAGAUAAAUCUGAAUCUAGGUCAAGGGGGGCAAGAGAGACAUCAUCAGCACACCCAUGUGGUACAGCAAGCAGUAGAUGACCAUGCAGGUGCUAUAGAGUGGGAUGAGUCAACUGAAAUCGAGAAGAGGUUCAAUGGCCUGCUGUUGGAAAACCAGAUCAUUGAGAAUAAAAGAUUGACAAAUGCACCAUUAGAAGACAGAAUGAGAAACCUUCAGACUGAACUGACUGUUCAGUUCUGUCAAGAACAAGGCCUUUCCAGUUGGCCUGUGUUGAACCUGGAGGCUGCCCUCCAGUGCACAAAACUGUCACUAACUGAGAGGUUUAGCUUACUCAAAGCAAUGACUCAAGUACAACUGGAAGACAACCAAGAAGGGAGCCAGAAUAUGGACUACCUGAACUGGGAUAAAAACUACAGUUUAUUUCUGUUUUUAAUGGAGAAGCUCAGUGAUGUAAAUAACACUUUGGCCAGUAAACUUAUGUUGGCAUUUCUUGACCUUUUCCCAGAUCUUUCUCAAAUCAGCAAAAAUCACCUGAGUCAAAUCCUGUUCAGUGGCAUCUGGACAACUGUAGAGAUCAUGUUCUUUCUCAGAGGGGUUAGUAGUAGAAUGAACCAGAACACCACAGAGUCAGUCCUUCAUAAAGUGCAGACCUAUAGACUUGGCCUCCUCCUCACUCUCUCUGCCCUAAGAGAUAAAAAUCAAUGUGAGACCCUGCAAGGGAUUGUAGAGGGAGAGACUGACAAAGACAUAGAUUCAAUUUUGAGUGAAAUGCAAGAUGCAAAUUACCCAGACAAGUUUGUCUCAGUGAUUGAGCAAGUCUUAAGACAAGUAGCAGAGGAGCUUACUGAAUACCCAGCAGCACACUUGUGGAAGAAUGUUAGUGUUGCCAAAAAAAUUCAAAAAAAGAUUGGAGACGUGGAACAUAAUAUCAAGUUGUUGAGUUUCAGGAUUGACAUCAGUACUCUCAAAGAUGUCCUUAUUGGCAUUUCCAUGGCUGUUAAAGAAUGUUCAACUCUUGAAACUCAGGGAGGAGAGAAAAUCGAGGGAUAUUUACCCAGAAUCACCCAGCUGGCUUCUUUACUAAUGCUUCUAUUACAGUCAACCGAAGAUAAAGGAUGCCUCCUUGAAAUUGGUACUGGGGAAGGGAAAUCAUGCAUCCUGGCUAUGUUUGCAGUAAUCCAGGCCAUCAGAGGAGCCAAAGUUGAUAUUGUGACCAGUUCUCCGGUGCUUGCAAGACGUGACCAAGGGGAAUGGAGAAAACUCUAUGACAUGUUUGGUGUCUCAUCCUCUGUUGUGCCACCACCACUGAGUGCUUCUGAAAGUCACGAAAAAAGACUUAAGGAUGCUUACCUUAAUCAAAUUGUGUAUGGAACUGUUAGUGACUUUGCUGCAGAUACGCUGAGACAGGAAUUUGAAAGACAGAUCUCUCGUGGGGAGAGGGAAUUUGACUUGGUGAUAGUAGAUGAGGUAGAUUAUAUGACCUUGGACAGUGGCGUUCAGGUGACCUUUCUUUCUCAUGAGGCCAGUGGCAUGAGGCAUGUUGAGCAAGUCCUUGCCAGCAUUUGGUCCAUGCUGUGCCCCUGUCGACCCAUUGAAAUGGAGGAAACUGGGGAGAUGGAAUGGAUAACUGGAAUACAGCAUUUCCACGAGGCUGCAAAAAUGGCUGUGAUGGGUCCAGAAGCAUCGGAACACUUUUCAGAUUUUGACAUUUUGCUCCCGGGGAUACAGUUAGGAUUUUACACGCAGGAUGACAUUAAUCAGUUGAUACAGAGUAAGACAGAGGUACAAAAGGAAGGUAAAGCUAAUGAUUUUCCAGAUGAUAAUUGGAAAGCCACUGAAACAUUCAUGACAAACAUUGGAGUGGAGGAACAACAUGAUCUGCUGUGCAUUCUUGAGACUGCUUUGGAACAAACUGUUUCUAUUAAUUGCUAUAGAGCCACAAACAAUAAAGCAGCACUACUGCAUAACAAGAAAAUGGACAGAGAUAUGAACAUCAAAAUGCUCCUUUUGGAGAAUGGUCAGGCAAGUGAAAUAAUGUCUGAAAAAUCACUCAUCGAGGCAUCGGUUCAGGAGUUAAAAUCUAAAAUCAAAUAUUCUGAUGCGUGCACGCCGAACUCAAAAGACACCGAAAGUUUUAUGGUUAUCCCCUCAUUCCUUAAGCAGUACUUGGAGAAUCGAUUGCCAUUGUUUGUGGGUAAUGCCUUGAAGGCCAUUGCAAUGACACAGGGCAGAGAGUAUAUGAUUGAUGUGUCAUCAUCUGCGUCAAUGCCAAGCAAAGUCAGUGAGUCUGACAGACAUUUCUACCAUUCCAUUAUCCCGGUGGACUACCAAGCCAGUGGAGUGCUGGAAAAGAACAAACGUUGGGGUGAUGGCUUGCAGCAGUUUCUGGAGAUGAAGCACCAGUUGGCAAUAUCACCUCUGUCCAUCGUUACAAAUUAUAUGUCAAAUAUGCAGUUCUUCAAAAGAUACCUCAAUGGAAGAGGAAUUUUUGGUGUGUCUGGAACAUUGGGUGGGGAUCCAGACAAAGAUUUCUUGAAAAGGCAUUACAAAACAGACAGUUAUGUGAUACCAGCUCAUCGCUAUAACAAGGUGGUUGAACUCCCUACCCAGCAGAUUAGUGGUGACUACUCUGAUUGGGUAAAGGCAGUCCGUGAAACUACAUGGGCAGCUGCUGACAGGGGGCAAGUUGUCUUGGUGGUGUGUGAAGAUGUGAAGACAGCAGUUGAGCUUCAGAAGGAAGUGGAAUCUGAAUGUCGAUCAAUCACCAUGUACACAAUCAGUGAAAGGGAUUACAUUGAAGAAACUACAUUUAAGAAGGGAAACAUCAUUAUUGCCACCAACUUGGGAGGACGGGGCACAGACAUAAAGGUUAAUGACGAGGUCAAUCAGUGUGGUGGACUCUUUGUCCUCCUUACACAUUUUCCCAGUAACCGUAGAGUGGAGAAACAAGUGUUUGGACGUACAGCUAGGAAAGGAAACCCUGGUAUGGUCCAGAUGAUACUCCACCUUGACCAACUGGCACCGGCAUACCAAGGCCAACCGGUGGAGGUCAUGAGGCAGCUAAGAGAAGACUAUGAAGUUCAGCGCAUCUCUGAUAUGGAAUCUAAUGAGCUGCUGGAAAAUGAAAUGAAGGAAAAACUGUUUGCCACCUUUUGCAAAUUUCUUAAAGAAUUUGAUGCAAACUAUACAGAGCAAGAGAGAGAGAACCUGUUAAGUAUGAAGACAAAUAAUGUGGUAGAUACUAUCAAACAUCAAGGAAAUAAACUUGAUUACAAGCCUGCACUCAAUGCUCUCAAAGAAUCCUGGGCCUUGUGGCUGACACUUAAUGAGAAUAAUAUUAAACAGCAGAAGAAUUUCUCUGAGUUGGAAGCUGACUUGUUUGGAAAGUUGACCAGUACAUCCAGCAUGCUUUUACAGGGUCAAAGCCACAAAUUCUAUGACUCUCUCAAACAAGCUGUUAUCAGAACUGACCUGCAUUGUCAUACUAAAACAAAAUGUGAUUAUGGAGCAAAAGACUGCUGGCAGAAAGUUGCAGAAUGUGAUCCAUUCUACAGAGCGGUGGCACUCUACAACCAAGCCUAUAUCACAAUAAACCUUGCGAAGAAAGGCUAUAAAGCAGAGGCUAUUAAAUUACUCGAGGAGUCAAAGGAGACUGUGGAUGUCUACAUUUCAGAGACAUCAAAUACUGCAGUUGCUGGUCAGAUGGCAAUGAGAGGAAACUUUGAGCCACAUCAUGAUGGUGCUUGCAAUUUUCAAAGCCAGAUGCAAGCUCGGAUGGAUAUUUUCAAAACUUGGAGAGAAUGCAUUGACAAUGCACUGGAGGAACUUAAAGAAAUUGAGAGAAGUAACUCUGAUGCCAUCACUGAAGAAACCUCAGUUUAUUCACUUUCAGAUGAGAAGGACUUUGUCACCACAAAUGAGCUCAUGGCCAUGUAUGAGUAUGGCCUUGGAAUUGUGUUUGACAUAAAACAAAAACCAAGAUUUAAUGUUGCUGCUUUUAUUUGUUUUCUGCUUGGCGCAACCCAGGUUCUAGCUGGUGUUCUUGUUUGUUCAGCAUUCUUUGGCUCAGCCUCUCAGUUUGGUCUUGGUCUUAUCUCCGAGGGUGUCUAUGACAUGAUCAGUGGGGUUGAGGGUAUGAAAACUGGUGUUUUCAAUUGGGCGUCCUGGGCCAUUUCCAAAAGCAUCAGCAUCGGAAUAUCAUUGCUAACUGCUGGAUUUGGAACAAUCAAGUCUGUAUGCAGUACCACAAAAGACUUACUAAAUGGAACAAAGACCCUGUCCUCUGUUGCUCAAGGUGUCAUCAAAUCAGGGAAAGCCACAUUGCUGUCGAUGAAAGGUGCUGCCAUGUCAGCUGUCUCUUCAGUGUCUAGAAGCUCAUUGAGGAUGGGUACAGAUGUCGUGGUGAAACAGACUUUUAAACAAGCUUGCAGAUUUGCUGGGCAGGAAAUUGUUAAGCAGUCAACAACGUACGCAUUGCACUACGCAGUUGAUGCAGGACUUACUGCUGCUCUGAAGGACAUUGUGGAUUCAGUUUUUAGGAAAUCCUUCAAAGAUGAAAUAAAAAGAAAUGGUGAUUUGAAUCACACUCUUACACACUUUAUAUGCCUUUAUGUUCCAAAAUCUGCUCCGAUGAGACAACAUAUGGACUUCAAGAUUGACAAACAUUGUGAGAGGAAAAUGAAAAAAAUGGUUAAAUUCAUGGCAAAAGGUGUUUUACCCAGUGUCAUGACAGACUACACCACUGUACACAAAAUUAUUGACGGGCUUUCCAACAUGAGUGAAAUAGCUACAGUACUCUUGGAUAAAGCACACAGAAAAUACCAAGCAGCCAUGAAUGUAGGACUUGUGAUAGCAAAACACAGAACAAUGUUAAAAGAAAUGCUGGAAUCUGUCCCAACAAGAACAGUAGUUAAUGAAAAGAUUGUCCCCAAGUUGAUACAGCAAUUGAAUGAGCAGCUGGUUGAGAGCUAUGCCCAUGAUGAUAGACAUGAUCUCCCUGAUGUGAAACGCUUGAAGGGUGAGCUUUUGGAAUUAAUCUCUGACACCAUGUAUCAGGCAUUCAGUGAGGCUUGUGCUACGCAUACAACAACAUUUAUGAAAGGGAUUUUCCAGAAGAAGAUUAGUCAGGCAGCAGAGGGUAUUGGGAAUGCCUCAAGCAAUAUAUUUGGCAGACACAAAACCCUGGAUUUUUUCCAGGAGCAGCAACAAAGAUAUAAUAUGAAAUCUGCCGGAAAGAUUUUGACAGAGAAUUUGUCUGAAGCCGAAACACAAGAUCUUCAACGUUAUAUAAGUAACAUUUCCAGCACUAACCAUCCAGCUUCUGAACUAGACCUCUAUGUCCUCACAAAAAGUGACCUCCUUCAGGGCAAAGGUAUUAAGGUCAUAAUGUUCAACAAAGAUGGGCAACCAAUCUAUGAGAAUACCUACCCUGGAAAUGACAAUUCAGCAGGAUUCAUCACUCUCAAACUGUCCAGAAAGCCAGAUGAUUCUAAAAGUCAGAGGGGCUUUUUCAGAAGAAUGGCAGACAGAGUCCAAGGAGUGCAACAUCCCCAUGAAGGCCAUUACAGCAUCAUCCACCCAGAUGGCUCUGAUAUUCCUGUCAUAUCAAAUGGUCAGGGCUGCCUGUAUCAUGCUGUAAUCCAGGCAACAACUACGGAUCAAGAGCCAGACAUCCAGCAAAGAGCAGCUCUUCUGCGCAAUGAUGUACAAAGCGAGCUUAACCAGAACCUUCCACGGUAUGCUGGGCUAGUAAGACUCCAGAAGCGCUAUGAGCAAUGGCAGAAAACUCCCGGACAAUACGCUGUUAUAGGAGGAGGACUGAAAAGACAGAAAACCGACAAUAAGAUCAACGAUGAAGACUAUAAGAAUACGAUCUCUGUGAUGAAAGCACAUGAGUAUUCUCCUGGAGCAUCAGAAUAUGACAUUUCUGUAAAAUACUAUCUUGGAUAUGUUGGAACAUAUGAAGAUCUAAAGAAUACAAUUGAAUGUGGAAGGAAAAUCGUGGAGAAGGAUCAUUUCAUUCCAACUGACACAUUUGCUAAAGCUCGAGAAAAUGAAGAAGCUCUAAAUGAACUUCAGAAUUCACAACGAACAGAGCGUUCAGAGCUUUAUAAUCUGGUGACAGAAAAGGACAAAAAUGAUCACCUGGCCAUGCAGGUUCUUUACCAGGAUCAUCGUAAUGCCUUGACAACUGGAAACAGCAAGGGUGCACAAAAAUGCAGGGCACUGCUGGCUGAUACGCUACUGCGUGGGGAUGGUGAGACCCUGCUGAAACAGGCCAUGAUCAUGGCCAACCCCAUAUCUUCCCAGAAGCUCAAAAGACAAGCAGGUAUACAGAUUUGUUCAUUCCAGGGAGGAUUAAGAAGUCUUACAGAAGAAGGGACAAAUUGCUACUACAAAACCGGUUACAUGAAGUUAAUCAGCGAGUAUCAGAAGAUGGGCAUCAUCGACCAAAACGCAGAGGGUAGACUGAAGACGUGGGUGAAAGAAAAUCAGCACCUCAGCAAAAAUACACCUGAGUAUGACCAGAUACUUCAGCGCCUCAAACCUUUGGGCACCUAGAGCAUGAGCUCUGUAGUUUCUGGUAAUAAGGGUAAAGACGGAGUGUAGCACAGUGGGUAAGGCACUGAGCUUGUAACCAAAAGGUUGCAGGUUUGAUUCCUGGGUAGGACACUGCCGUUGUACCCUUGAGCAAGGUAUUUAACCGAAAUUGCUUCAGUAUAUAUAUCCAGCUGUAUAAAUGGAUACAAUGUAAAAAUGCUAUGUAAAAGUUGUGUAAGGCGCUCUGGAUAAUGUAAUGUAAUGUAAGGACUUUACAGGGCCCAAAGUCUAGGGAGAGGCCCUAAAAAACAUGUAUUUAGCAGGCUUUGUUGUGGAGUUGGGGCCAGAAUUUCCUGCAACGCCCUGACACAGAGAUGUAAUAGGAAAUGAGAAAUUAGAGAUGGACAGACCAAAAAAUAGAAUGGAAAAAGUGAUUUUUUUACUAUCAAUUGUACACUGUAGAACUACUUUGUGAGUGUGUCCAUCUCGGGCACAUGCUGUAAUAAAUUAAUUAAUAAUAAUAAUUAAUUAAUUCUGCUGACCUCAGGAAUAGAGAGUGAAAAUGAGUUUUCUUCCACACGCAUCACUACUGUGGCCUGCUGUUUGGUGAGAAAGGUCCAAUGCGUUGGCUACUGAUAGGUUUCACUCAGCCACCAUAAUGUGUUCGCUUCAUCCUAAUGCUUUCUCGGGUCAAUCUGUUCAUAGAUUGGCCACAGGUGCUGCUGUCUGUUCAGGUGAUAGCCACUGCAGUGCUUUCGCAACAUAAACCAAAUAUGGUGAAAGAGAAGAUGGAGAAAAUAAUCAAACCUAUAAUUUCCUGAUCAUGUUUGCAUGAGGGCAAAAUGGUCAAAAAAAGAAAAGAAAAUGAACUUCUAAGAAAAGCCUUGAUGAGCAGCAUUAUUUUUCGAUCAGUUUUCAUUUUUACCUGUGACUUUGGUUUGUGCAAGAUGAUUCCGUGCCCUAUGAUCUUCGACUUUUGUGGAAUGUUCUUUAUUUAACUUGAUGUCAACUUACCACAGAGCCAACCAGGCUAUAGUAAACAAAUAUAUUUAUGCAUUAAAAAAACUAUUCACUGGUGUAAAUUAAGGCAAUGCCUUUUUUGUCUUUGAGUGAACAUUGAACACUGUAGAACUACUUUGUGAGUGUGUCCAUCUCAGGCAUAUGCUGUAAUAAGCUUUGAUUCUGCUGACCUCAGGAA